UUUAUUUAUUCUUUUGAGAACAGCUUGUUUAGUCAGUUAUGGAAAAAAAAAUAUUUCUGAGUUUGUAUUAUCACCUCAUUAAUAUUGUUAAUAUCAAGAUUUUGAGGUCGAAUUUCUUCUCCCCCUAUUGCCCCUUUAAAAGUACCAAAAGUAUCUAUCAUGCAGAGUGACAAAGAGCGGUUGUUUAUUUGAUAUUAGGAAUGCCACGGUAAUUAUUGUUUGGUAGUAUCCAGAACACACUGGUAGGCGGAUUUUGUUUUCAGGCCAGGCUAACUGUUUCCCCCCUGUUUCUAAACUAUUUGCUAAGCUAAUUUAACCAGCUGCUGGCUCCAGUGACAUACUUACUUUACAAAUGUGCAUCAAGCCUAACAGAAAUACUCAGAUUGAGAGUUGCAUUAAGUUUUAAAGAAAUCAGUAGUCACGUUGUUUGACUGCAUCAGUGGUGAGACGUUUAGCUUCAAAACUCAAAAUAUCAAAAGCAUCCAGCACAGUCUGUUGACUUAAAACCCUGGAGAUUUAAAUGAUCGUGGUAAUUACAGAAGAAAACCAAAGCUUGUGUUACACAAAUCCUGAAGUGUAAAUGCUGAUCUGCAGAUUUUUUUCACAACUAAAAAGCAAAAUGAUAAUGUGUCUGUGUUGUAUGCAGCUUGUUUAGGCUUGAGCCUCUUCUCUUAUCACACUACAGAAUAGAUAAUAUAUUGCUCUUUUAUCUGAAAAAUGUUAGAACCUUUUCCAUUAGCUUACCAAAAACAAUGUGACCAGGUGAACAAGUCAUGUUUUAUUGUAUUGUAGAUUCUCAUAUUAAUACUUACUUAUUGAAACUAAAUCAAUCCGAUCAGAAACAGAAUCAAAUAACAUCCCAAAGUUCACUUUCAGUCAUCAUCACGUAAGUGUUUCAUUAUCAGGGUUAUUGUUUCAUUAUAAAACCUUACAGCUGUGUCCUUUGGACAACUCAGGCUAGUCCCUCCCCUCUGUGCAUAUUCAUGAUAUGUAUAGUUUACUGGACAGGUAGAACUGAUUAUCACUUAGUCAGACAGCUGAUCACCUGACAGAGAGAACAGAGAGGAAACACGGCUGCAGGAAAAACAUCCAUGAGGACCAAAUCACAGAAUAUGAGAGAGAUGAAGUUUCCACAGCUGCUGCUGAUCACAGUCCUGGGGCUCACAUGGACAACAGUAACCGGACUGCCCUGCACUCAGAUGUUUCCCUCUCAGCCGCCCCCUUCAAAUGUAAACAGUGUUAGACCUUCAGAUGUGGCGGCGCUCUCCUCCAUUGGACUUCACAUGCACAGCACUGAGCUAUCUACAGUGGUAUCACGACUCAGAGAGCUGAUGACAUUCUUCAAUCCUGCACUGAUGAGCCCUCUGUCAGAUGAGAUAAACCUUUACGCCCCUCAUUUUGUUCAACACAGCACACUGGUGGAGCAGGCGGAGGAAGUGUCCCGAUACCUCCAAAACAAUCAGGCCUCUGAUGUGGAGAGCGACUGGAAGCUGCUCCUUCUCUUUGUGCAGGUGGAUCAGCUCUGUGCCUGUGAACCACAACAGGUUCAGUCUGUCAUCAAAGCAACAGUUGAAGAGGUGGACGGUGCUCUGCAGCUGCUGCACUCUCAGCUGAAGCGAACCAUCGUCAGUGUUGCAUUGUGGGAUGGAGAGCGCAACGGAUAUCACAACAAGAUUUGCCAAUGCAUGGAGACAUACAGUGAGGGAGAAGUCAGACUUCAGAGAGCCCUGCUGAGUCUGGCUCUGCAGGAGUCCUUGGAUGAGCUCAUGGUAAAGAAACGUUGGUAUGGCGACAGGGAUGACUUCACUGUCAUUUUGCAGGAAUCGCCGUUCAUCGCAGACCUUUCAUCCAUUUCUAGCGGAAAACCUCUCUCAGAGUCACGGGCCCUACAGCAAACUGACAACCUGAUGGUGCAGAUGUGGACAAACCUGCUGCAGCCCACACGUGUCCAACGCAACACAGACGACAAUGGAAAUAUCAUCGCGUUGCCGUGUCCAACCGAGGACCGACCCUUCCUGAGGACGGAGGGAAACUCUCCUUCAUAUCACCACAGGGAUGCCUCUCCUCUCCUUCACCCAUUCACAGGCACAGAGAUGCCCUGUGAGGACCUCAGCCCUUCACCCUCCACACCCACCUCAGUCCAUGAACUCAGGCCUGGUGAUAUCAAAGUGGUGGCUGCUGUGGGAGACUCUCUGACAGCGGGGAACGGUAUAGCUUCCAGUCCUAAUAACAUCCUGGAUGUCCUGAGUCAGUACAGAGGUCUAUCCUGGAGUAUUGGUGGAGAUGACAACCUCACAACUGUCACCACACUGCCCAACAUUUUAAAGCAUUUUAAUCAAAACCUGACGGGCUACUCUGUUGGCAUGGGCAAGCAGGACACACCUCAGGCCUUCCUCAACCAGGCUGUGGCCGGAGCGAAGAGCAAGAACAUUCUACCACAGGUGCAAGCCCUGGUGGCAAGGAUGAAGAGCGACUCUAGAAUAAAUUUUGAAUCAGACUGGAAGCUGAUCACCGUUUUUAUUGGAGGAAAUGACUUGUGUGACCACUGCUACAACUCUCUGCUUUACUCUGUAGAAAAUUAUAUUCGUAAUGUUCAGGAUACCCUGGAUUAUCUUCACAAAGAGGUGCCUCGGGCUCUGGUGAACUUAGUAGAACCUCUCCACAUUCUCCCACUGAGAGACAUGCACACUGACCCUUCACUUAAAUGUCCAACCUGGCUGGUGAAUAUUCUGUGUCCUUGUGUUAUCUUGCCUAAACCCAACUCCAAAGCUCUUCAAAUGGUGGAGGACCUUAACAGACACUAUCAGAAAUCACUGCAUGAGCUUGUGGAGUCUGGCCAGUAUGACACUCGCUCAGACUUCACUGUGGUCAUCCAGCCUUUCUUCAGAGAAAUCGUCGUCCCUAAACUGCCGGAUGGCCGCCUUGAUCGCUCCUUCUUCAGCGCUGACUGCUUCCAUCUCAGCCAGAAGGCCCAGACACUGAUGGCUCGCUCCCUCUGGAACAACAUGCUUGAACCUCUGGGCAAUAAGACCUUCACACAGGACUUUACCGAAGACUUGAACCUGACAUGUCCAACCCAGACUUCACCAUACAUCCGGACCUAUAACAAUAGUGAUUACAUAUAUGCUGGUCCCUCUCCAACACCUGGACCUAUCACAGACUGGGGAAGUGACUUCUCCUGUGUGGACCUUGCUCCAUCUGACACUGUGCCAACUUCAGUCCAUGAGCUGAGACCAGCAGACAUCAAGGUGGUAGCAGCACUGGGAGACUCUACAACGGCCGGCACUGGGGCUAAGGCAAAGAACAUGUUUGACCUCAGUAAAGAGUACAAAGGGGUUUCAUGGAGCAUUGGAGGAGAUAAGGCUCUAGACACUGUCACAACACUACCAAACAUCUUAAAGAUGUUCAACCCCUCCUUAAAAGGCUUCUCCAAAGGUGUGGGCUCUUUACAAAAGGGAUUCAACAUGGCUGCAUCUGGAGCAAAGACCUCAGCAAUCCCAGCACAAGUCCAAGCUCUCAUCAAGGCCAUGAAGGAGAAUAAGGCAGUGAAUUUUGAAACGGACUGGAAACUUUUGACAAUAUUUGUCGGAGGCAAUGAUCUUUGCCAUUACUGCAUAGACCAAAAUAACUUGUCACCGAUGAACUACAGCCACAAUCUGAUGCUCAGCUUGGACAUGCUGUACAGAGAGGUGCCGAGGGUGCUGGUUAAUGUUGUGGAGAUCUUGCAGAUAGAGCUGUUAAAGACAGUUAAGAGGAACACGAUUAGUUGUUCCCUCCUGCAGAGGACCAGCUGUCCCUGUGUUAUCAACCCAGAUGUUACCUCCCCAGAGCUGGAAGAGAUCAAACGGAUCAAUCACGAGUAUCAGGCUGAGCUCCUGCAACUUAUUUCUGGAGAUCGCUAUGAUGGAAAAGAAGACUUUGCUGUUGUCCUUCAACCCUUUUUACAUAAUUCCUUCAUCCCUUACACUGGCGUCGGUGAGGCUGAUUCCAGUUUCUUCUCUGUGGACUGUUUCCACAUAAGUGAGCGAGCUCAUGCUGAGAUGGCCAUUGCCCUGUGGAAUAACAUGUUGGAGCCCGUAGGCAGAAAGCAGGCCUACAACAACUUCACAUAUGAUCGAUCCAAGAUUCACUGUCCCUCCGAGGUGAAUCCCUUCAUCUACACUAAGAUCAACAGCCUUCCAAGUCCUCCAGUGACCCCCACCACAACUAGCAUCCCCACUUCAACAGCUAGUCCUCCCAUCAACACUGCAACAACUCUCCCUGUGCCAACCUGUCCCUCCUCCAUGCCUGUGUGGGUGCCAGUGAUUGUGGGAAUAGUCUGUUUACUGGCUGGGGUUACUUUUGCCUGGAUGAUUCUCUCCUGCUGUCAGUGUCGGAAAAAGGAAGCAGAGAGAGCUGUAGAAAUGAGACAAAGUGGUUUUUAAUGUGUUUGUUCUUCUCAAGCUGUAUUUAUUGUCAACAUAAUAUUUAAGUCCUUAAAGCUGUGUAAAGCCAUUUUGAACACUAGCAGGCAGGAAGAACACUCAAGCAGCAACAUUACAGCUUUUUUUCUUGCCACCUGUUUACAUUGAGUCAGUUAUUCAAUUGGGUCCACGAUUCCUGAGAAAGUCAUGACACUCGCUUUGUUUUGGGAAAUAUGUGACUUUGUUUGUUUGCUAGUUGUUGUUUUUUUAGCUCUCUGCUGUGUCACUCGAUGCAGCUCAUCUGAAGUUGUAUUGUGGGAGCUAUUGAAAUGAAACUAUUCAUGAUCAUGUGGCUCUUGAAACAAUACGCUGAAAGCUGCAUAGAACUGGAAUGUUGAUUCACUGUUGGAUUGGCAGUACUAGUAGCAUGUUCAGGCUAUAGGGCAAAUAUGAUUAAUUUGUAUCAGAAAUAAUGCUUGAUGCUGCUAGAUGUAUGUAAAAUAUUUGUGAUUUUUAUACUGUACAGAAAUGAUUUCCAAAUGUCCUUGACUGACUCUGUUGAAUCCAGAUGUCCUGUACAUUUCUCUAUCCUCAUUUUUAUUUAUUAAUAAAAUGAAAUGGGUACAAUA